CCGAACCACCGACAGUGAUUUCGUGGAUAUUUGACACAACGGAUAUUUUUGUUGGUUAACGGGCUUGAGGAUUUAAGUUGAACAAUACAGCAAUUUACCGAUAACAGCUCCGGACUUCUUGAUCACGGGUGCGCGCGCUCACAUAUAAACGCAUUACACAUACACACUCACGUUCGUACACACACACACAUACACUCACACACAUAAUACACGGUCACACAGGCACACAUCUAUUAGCUGACGCCGCACACACAAACAGCAGCACAAGAGGAGCGUUUUGUUACCCCUCGCGCGGACGGCUUUUUGUCUCGUUUGGAGACGGGAAGUCCGAACGGAAUAAGCAGGAGUCAUGGGUGUAUGGAAGGGCUCCGCGCGAAGUGGCCUGUGGUGGAAGGUUUUGUUUUUCUCCCACGUUCUCCAUGGCGCUCUUUGCUCUAUGCUUGAUUGUCCGCCAACAUGCGUCUGUACCCCCACGAAGAUCAACUGCACGAAACCCGAUAAUGGUAAUUUCUUCCCGUUACUGGCUCUGCAAGAGAACGGGGGCAAUGGCAACACCAGCAACGACAUUGAAGACCUUUUCAAGAACAUCACCAUCAUAAACAUUGAGAACUGGUCGGGGCUGCAGAUUCUGAAGGAUGUGGACAUGGAACUCUACACGGGCCUGGAGAGACUAUCCAUCACCAACUGCCAGUUACGAGCGAUCCAGCCCAGAGCCUUCGCCUCAAACCCCCAUCUGCGCUACAUAAAUCUGUCCAAGAAUCCCCUCUCCACUCUCUCCUGGCAACUCUUCCAGACCCUCACUCUCACCGAGCUUCGUCUAGAGGGCAUCCUGUUUGACUGUGGCUGUGAGAUUCGCUGGAUCCAGUUGUGGCAGCAGAGGGCCAUGGCGGGGCUGAACGGCCAGCGCCUUUACUGCAAGAGGGGAGGGGGAGCCAAGAUCUCACUGCGCUCCAUGCACAUCGCACACUGUGACUUGCCGGACAUCAGCGUAACCCAUGGCAACCUGACGGUGCUGGAGGGUUCCAACGUGACGGUGAGCUGUAAUGGGUCAGGUGUACCCCUACCUGAGGUGGACUGGACCGUCCAAGGCCUGCACUCCAUCAACACACACCAGUCUAACGUGUACCCGAACAACGUCCACUCCAUCAACUUGACGCUGUUCAACCUGAGCAGAGAAGACAACAGCUUCACCCUCACCUGCAUCUCCGAGAACCUGGUUGGCAUGAUAAACGCCUCCAUACACCUGGAAGUGCAGUAUCCUCCAGUGAUCCUGAAGCUGGCCGAGCCCGAGCACGGCCACGAGUCCUGCAUGGAGUUCAGCGUGCGCGGGCAGCCGCAGCCCAACCUGCGCUGGUUCCACCGGGGCAAGGAGAUCCUGAUCUCGCCUUUCAUCCGCGUGGAGCUCUACGCCGAGCCGUACCGGGACUUCCUGGAGGGCUGCCUGAGCUUCCGCAACCCCACGCACCUCAACAACGGCAACUACACGCUGGUGGCCUCCAAUUCGCUGGGCACCGUCAACAAGACCGUCUACGGACACUUUCUGGAACCGCCCCCUUUCGACGAGGGUCCCGAGGGGCCUGGUAAUCCCUCCCCUACCGACGAGGUGGCCAAUAUACCUGAUGAGGAUUCCUUUGGGGUGUCGAUAGCUGUGGGUCUGGCCGGCUUCGCCUGUGUCCUCCUCAUCGUCAUCUUCGUCCUCAUCAACAAGUACGGACGACGCUCCAAAUUCGGUAUGAAAGGCCCAGUGGCAGUGAUCAGCGGUGAGGAAGACUCCGCUAGCCCUCUUCAUCACGUCAACCAUGGCAUCAUCACGCCUUGUUCGUUGGACGCGGCGCCAGAUGCCGUGGUCAUCGGCAUGAGCCGGAUCCCUGUGGUGGAUAACCCCCAGUACUUUAGGCACGGACACAAUUGCAACAAGCCCACCACCUACGUUCAGCACAUAAAGCGUCGGGACAUCGUGCUGAAGCGGGAGCUGGGCGAGGGGGCCUUUGGGAAGGUCUUCUUGGCCGAGUGUUACAACCUGAGCCCCAACAAAGACAAGAUGCUCGUCGCUGUCAAGACACUAAAAGAGCCGUCGUUGGCGGCCAGGAAAGACUUCCAGAGAGAGGCGGAGCUUCUCACAAACCUGCAGCACGAACACAUCGUCAAGUUCUUUGGCGUCUGUGUGGAUGGAGACCCCCUCAUCAUGGUCUUUGAGUACAUGAAGCACGGGGACCUCAACAAGUUUCUCAGAGCUCACGGCCCGGACGCGAUGAUCCUGGUGGACGGGCAGCCAAUGCAGAGCAGCAGCGGUGAGCUGGGCCUUUCCCAGAUGCUCCACAUCGGACAGCAGGUGGCGGCCGGCAUGGUCUACCUCUCCUCGCAGCACUUCGUGCACCGGGACCUGGCCACGCGCAACUGCCUGGUGGGCAACGGGCUGCUCGUCAAGAUCGGGGACUUCGGCAUGUCCAGAGACAUAUACAGCGCAGACUACUACAGGGUCGGAGGUCACACCAUGCUGCCGAUCCGCUGGAUGCCCCCGGAGAGCAUCAUGUACAGGAAGUUCACCACCGAGAGCGACGUCUGGAGCUUUGGAGUCAUCAUGUGGGAGAUAUUCAUGUACGGCAAGCAGCCCUGGUUCCAACUCGGAAACAACGAGGUGAUUGAGUGUAUAACGCAGGGCAGGGUGCUGGAGCGUCCUCGGCUGUGCCCCAAGGAGGUCUAUGACGUCAUGUUGGGCUGUUGGCAGCGCGACCCUCAGCAGCGGCUCAGCAUCAAGGAGAUCCACAACAUCCUGUUCGCCCUGGGCAAGGCCACGCCCGUCUACAUGGACAUCCUGGGGUAG